CUGCUCUGCAAAAUUCUUCCUGGUCAUGACAUUCUCUAAUAGACUACGGUGGCUCAUGUGCAUCUUCUGCUAUCAGUACUGUACGACCCGACUUGGAUGUGAUGCGACAGUAAUAGCAAAAGAAGUUGCUGUAAAAUUUGACGGCUCCGAGGCGACAUUGACGGUCUCUUCCAGUAACAUCAAAUCAAACGCGUUGCGCCAAGUUUUUGAUGGAGACACUGCCACUUGCGUUUGGCCACGACCACAAAACCCAACGGCUGUUUUUACAGUAAACUUCACGGCCAAAUUCUUGAAACGUUGCUUAGCUGUUUCUUCCGCUGAGAUUGUGUUUGGAAACUCAAAUAUCCGUUCUAUUCCCAACAUAUCUACCCAGCAAAUAGAUCUGUGCUAUGAAAAUGUGUCCAUGUUGUGGAAGGGAUGCAAAUCGACUACCAAGGAACGUGUCGUUCGUACAAAAUAUGAGUGUUCAAGAGAACAAGGCAGAGGUGUUGAUAUAGUCGUGCCAGCCAAUCUUCCUAUUUGCGAGAUAAUAAUCAAGUACAUGCCAAUACCAGCUCGUACUAUUCCUAUACGAUUGGCUGGUAGUACAUUGCCAUAUCAGGGAAGAGUCGAAUUAUUGCACAACGGAAUUUGGGGGACAGUUUGUGAUGACAAUUUUGGCGAUGAAGAGGCUGACGUUGCUUGCCAUCAAAUGGGUUACACAAAAGCUUUGCGCUACGAGCGAGCAGUAAACACGUAUGGUCAAGGAGUAGGAGCGAUACACAUGGACGACCUGAAUUGCACUGGAGCCGAGACUAAUCUUCAAGACUGCAAAUUCAACGGAUGGUCGAUACAUGACUGCCAACAUGGUGAAGAUGUAGGAGUCGUUUGCGAUACAUGCGUUGCAUGCGGAGUAAAGAAGAGUCUAGAAAAGGAAAAAGGUCAGUUUCCGGUGAGAUUGGUCGAUGGAGGCAAAGCAAACCAAGGCAGACUAGAAAUAUUUGUUAGAAAUCGAUGGGGAACAGUCUGUAACGACCGUUUUAGCUCUUCUGAGGCACUCGUGGCAUGCAGUCAACUAGGAUAUACUGGAUACACAAGUUAUUCGUCUCAAUAUGGUCGCUCCACUGGCCCAAUUUGGAUGGAUGACGUCAACUGUCAAAGCAAUGCAUCGAAAGUCUUGACCCGGUUAGCUGAUUGCACUAAACAAAAUUCCCGUUCUCCGUUUAAAGUUGGUCUUGACUGGGGAACACAUAACUGUGAUCACAGCAAAGACGUUGGACUUAUUUGCAAUUCAACAGCCAAGACUCUUCCUGUUCGCUUGGUUGACGGAAGAACUGCUCACAGCGGCAGAGUGGAGAUAUUUAUCAACGGACUAUGGGGUUCCGUUUGCGACGAUUGGUGGAGUUGGAACGACGCGAAUGUCGUUUGCCGUCAACUAGGAUACACCAGUGCAUCGGCUUAUCGAAAAGCUGCAUGGUUCGGGCAGAGUAGACACUACCAUAUUUGGAUGGCGCAUCUUGCGUGUCAAGGCACCGAGAAGAGGCUGCAGGAUUGUCCUUUCGCUGGUUGGGGAGUCCAUAAUUGCAAGCACGAACAAGACGCUGGCGCCGUAUGCUAUCCGACGAAUAACUCAUUGGCCUAUGACACUUAUAGAGUAUCCAGAGGUCAUGAUCCCGCGAGAGGUAGACGAAAUGCAAACGACUCAAAUUUAACGAGCCCGUCUUUGGAGCAACGAGAAACGAGUAGUAAAGUUUUUAGGCUUGCAAACGGAUACAGCUCCUCUGAAGGUCGCGUAGAGAUAAAAAUUGAUGGAUCAUGGAGUACAAUUUGUGAUGACAAUUGGGGCAUAGAAAGCGCAAACGCAAUUUGCAAUCACCUUGGUUACAGUGGAGCUGUUGAAUCAUAUUCAUACUCCUACUUUGGAGAAGGAAAAGGACGCAUUCACAUACUUGACAAUAGUUGCAUACUUUCCGGCAACUUCACAUCCGGGUCUUGUUCUUUGAAGUCAAAAGUAAAAAGAGAUUGCUCACACGCCAACGAUGUGGGAAUAAUAUGUUUUCCUCAUGAUAACGAUAUGCAGCAGUUUAUAGAUUUUGCCCAAGAGUACAACAAAGUCUAUUCUUCCUCAGAAGAACGUAAUAGAAGAGCGGCCAUCUUUCAUAAAAACUUGAAGAAGAUCAAAACUCUAAACUUUGCUGAUAGAUUUGCUCCUUACGGAAUCAACAAAUUUUUUGACAUAUCAGAAGAUGAGUUUGCAAAUACUUACUUGAUGCCUAGUGCUGCGACUGAAGACGUAAGAAAGUCAACACAUGAAAGAGGAGAAAGACACAAAAGAUCCUACUCCAAUCCAAUCGACUGGACCGGUCCGAUACCGAAAUGUUUCGAUUGGAGACAACGGUCUCCUCAAAUCGUUUCCAAAGUCAAAGAUCAGGGAAAAUGUAGCUCGUCCUGGGCAUUCGCUGCUGUCGCUCAGAUGGAAAGUGCUUUUGCUCUGCAAGCUCGCAAACCGCUCAUCGAGCUCUCGACGCAACAGGUUGUGUCAUGUGAUCGAAAAUCGGACGGUUGCAAUGGAGGUAUGCCAUAUAAGGCAAUGGACUACGUCCUAGAUGCACGUGGCAUACAGACCGAGGGUCGAUAUCCUUACCUUUCAGGAACAGAUAAUCAAAAAAGGAGCUGCUCUUUUAAUCGCACUCGAAUUCACGCAAGUAUUACUGGUUCUUUUCAUAUCACGAUAUCCACUCAACCUACUGCAGACGACGAAUACGACAUGAUGGUCUAUCUCUAUCGCAAUGGACCGAUAACGGCGUGCCUAAACGCCGGAAACCUUCAAUUCUACUCGCAUACAGUACUGAGCUACUGCGGGAGCAACCACAGACGCAUCACUCAUUGUGUUGUACUCACAGGAUUUGGAGUCACUGAAUCCGGGAUUCCCUAUUGGAUUGCGAGAAAUUCGUGGGGUGACGAUUGGGGUGAUGAAGGAUAUUUUCUUAUUGAACGCAACGUCAACAUGUGCGGCAUAGCCGAAUGGGGGUUUGCAGCGUUUGUUCAGAAGUGAGCCAGAAAGCUAUCCGAACAUCGAUUUUGUUUGCUCAAAUGACAUUUUUGUGUUUGGCAUGAGUUUAAGGUCCAUUCAUUUUCCUUCAAUGUACUUUCCCCUGUCACGUCAGUACAUGUCUCUGUCGUUCAAAUAGAAACUCUGAGCAAAUUUGAUGUUUUCAUUUUCUCUUUCGUCAAUCUGAAUUUUCUUCAUUCUAAUUACGUAGCCAAAUGAUGGAGAGUAUACGUAUAUCAUAAACCACGCUAAUUAAGUAUGUAUUUGCCGCACUAUGUCAACAUAUAAUACCUUGCUAAUGUAUUUGCUGUUACCUAUCUGCACUACUUAUUUUACUUCCUCUGGUGUUGUGUUGUCAUUCCAAAUUGUUUGCUUUAGUAUAUUAAAUAACUUUGAAUGGAACAGUUUACCUUGCCU